AAUAAAUAAAUAAAAUUUCUUUCUCGUUUAAUUAUGUCUGGCAGCUGCCACUGACUGUUACUCUCCAAAGUCCAAACUUCUUCCAUUUUGGUUUUCUCGGUUCCGGUACCUCCAGUGUGCUCAUUCCUCUCCGACUUGCUCUCCGGAACUCAAUUUAGUGUUGGGAAUGGACACGAAGAACGAAAUGAAUGACGAAGGCUCUGCAGAGUCGCCGACUUCGGUGCUUGAAGACGAGGAUAUCUGCAAGGUGAAAAUGGAAGUCAAGUCAGAGGAAGAAAUGUGUCCACAUGAAGGAAAUGGAGAUUCCUCUUUGAUAUUGAGAGCAAUGGCUGAGGAGGAAGAAAAGCUAUUGGAAGCUCGGGUUAAGAAAGAAGAUGAAGAGCAAAGAAAGGAGCCAGAGGAGGAACCCCAGUUGAAUGACAGUCACUUUACCAAAUUGGAUGAGCUUCUAAGUCAAACACAGAUGUACUCCGAGUUUUUGCUGGAAAAAAUGGAUGAUAUUACAACUAAUGGAAUGGAGCAAGAGAAUGCAAUUGUUGAAAAAAAGAGAGGCCGUGGAUCAAAAAGAAAAGCUGCUGCACAAUACAAUAAUAAGAAGGCCAAGAGGGCUGUUGCAGCCAUGCUUACAAGAUCUCAUGAAGCCAAGAAAGCUGAAGAUGUGAACCUCACUGAGGAAGAAAGAGUUGAGAAAGAACAGCAAGAACUUGUGCCCUUGUUAACUGGCGGAAAAUUGAAGCCGUAUCAGAUCAAGGGAGUGAAGUGGUUGAUAUCAUUAUGGCAAAAUGGGCUGAACGGGAUACUUGCAGAUCAAAUGGGGCUUGGAAAGACAAUUCAAACCAUUGGCUUUCUUGCACAUUUAAAAGGAAAGGGAUUGGAUGGGCCAUAUUUAGUAAUUGCUCCUCUUUCUACUCUCUCAAAUUGGGUGAAUGAGAUUGCAAGGUUUGUGCCCUCAAUGAAUGCUGUUAUCUACCAUGGCGACAAGAACCAAAGGGAUGAGAUACGAAGGAAGCACAUGACUAAAGCAAUUGGCCACGAAUUUCCUAUAAUUGUGACUUCGUAUGAGGUGGCCAUGAAUGAUGCAAGAAGAUGUUUGAGGCAUUAUAAUUGGAAAUAUGUUGUAAUUGACGAGGGGCACAGGUUAAAAAAUGCAAAAUGCAAACUUCUGAAGGAAUUAAAAUACUUACCUGUAGAAAAUAAGCUUCUGUUAACUGGGACACCUCUACAGAAUAAUCUGGCAGAGCUUUGGUCAUUGUUAAACUUCCUUUUGCCUGAUAUUUUCUCAUCUCAUAAUGAGUUUGAGUCAUGGUUUGAUCUGUCAGGAAAGUGUAACAGUGAAGCAAUGAGGGAGGAAGUGGAAGAGAAGAGAAGGGCUCAAGUUGUAGCAAAACUACAUGCUAUAUUGCGCCCCUUCCUUCUUAGAAGAAUGAAGGCUGAUGUUGAGCAGCUGCUUCCUCGGAAAAAAGAAAUAAUAUUGUAUGCUACCAUGACUAACCAUCAGAAGGAUUUCCAAGAUCAUCUAAUUAACAGGACCUUGGAGAACCAUUUAAUUGAGAAGGCAAACUCUGGCCGUGGUAUGAAAGGGAAACUUAAUAAUCUGAUGGUCCAGCUUCGGAAGAACUGCAACCAUCCGGAUCUCUUAGAGUCUGCCUUUGAUGGCUCAUAUUUGUAUCCACCCGUUGAAGAGAUAAUUGGCCAGUGUGGUAAAUUUCGCUUGCUGGACCGGCUAUUGGAACGGUUGUUAGCCCACAAACAUAAAGUAUUGAUCUUCAGCCAGUGGACAAAAGUUUUGGACAUCAUAGAUUACUACUUUAGUGAAAAGGGAUUUGAAGUUUGUAGAAUCGAUGGCAGUGUGAAGCUGGAUGAAAGGAAAAGACAGAUCUCGGAUUUCAAUGAUUUGAACAGCAAUUACAGAUUAUUCCUCCUAAGCACCAGGGCUGGCGGACUGGGGAUCAACCUCACUGCAGCUGACACAUGUAUACUAUAUGACAGUGAUUGGAACCCUCAAAUGGAUUUGCAAGCCAUGGAUAGAUGCCAUAGGAUUGGUCAAACCAAACCUGUUCAUGUUUACAGGCUGGCAACAGCUCAAUCUGUAGAGGGUCGUGUCUUGAAAAGGGCUUUUAGCAAAUUGAAGCUUGAGCAUGUGGUGAUUGGGAAAGGGCAGUUUCACCAAGAAAGGAAGCCUAGCUCUACUGAUAUCUUUGAGCAGGAGGAUCUGCUGGCAUUGCUCCGAGAGGAAGAAACGGCUGAAGACAAGAUGAUACAAACAGAUAUUAGCGAUGAAGAUUUGGAGAGGGUCUUAGACCGCAGUGAUCUUGUUGUUAAUGCAUCGAACAAUGACGAAAAGUCCAAUGGUGGUGGUGUUUUUCCCCUCAAAGGUCCUGGAUGGGAGGUGGUGAUACCAACUGCAACUGGAGGCAUGCUCUCUACCCUUAACAGUUGAGGACCUUGUUUUUGUGGGGCAUGGAACUUGGGCUGAGCGGUCCUUGUAAAUUUUUGGGGUAGAGCUAUUGUA